UCUUAAUUUGUUUUGAGAUAAGUAAUAAUAUUAUCAUGGGUCGUGGUUGUUUAGUCUUUGGAUUUCUUGUAGUUUGUUUAUUAUUGCUUAGUCGGAUUGGGUUAGCUGCGGAGGAUGAGGCGUCAUCCUCAUUGGUAGCGCUCAUCAAUUACCGAGAUGCACUAGGAAAAGCUAUCUUAUUCUUCGAAGGGCAACGGUCAGGCAAGUUGCCUCCUAACCAGCGAGUUAAAUGGAGAGGCGACUCUGCGCUUUCAGACGGCAAAUCAGAAAAUGUGAAUUUAAUCGGUGGAUACUAUGACGCUGGGGACAACGUGAAGUUCGUGUGGCCAAUGGCCUUUAGUGUGAGCUUGCUGAGUUGGGCUGCAGUUGAGUACAAUUCCAUUUUAUCAUCAGCUAAACAACUCAGCAACCUCAGAUCAGCCAUCCGAUGGGGAACCGACUUCUUACUGAAAGCUCAUACCUCGCGCACAACAUUCUAUACCCAGGUUGGGGAUGCCAAUAUUGAUCAUCAAUGUUGGGAGCGUCCCGAAGACAUGGACACACCUCGAGAUCUCAAAAAGAUUACUCCAAGUUCACCUGGAACAGAGGUAGCGGCUGAUGCUGCUGCUGCUCUUGCUGCUGCUUCCAUUGUCUUUAAAAGUGCUCGGCCAAAAUAUUCUUCAAAACUCUUGAGUCAUUCAAAAUUGCUUUUUGAAUUCGCGAAUGCUAAUAGAGGAUCCUACAGUGGUUCUUGCCCUUUUUAUUGCUCGUAUUCAGGAUACCAGGAUGAGCUUUUGUGGGCAGCUGCUUGGUUGUAUAAAGCAAGUGGAGACCGUAAGUACUUGAGUUUUGUGUCCGACAACCAGGGAUGGAGUCAAUCUGUAUCAGAGUUCAGUUGGGAUAACAAACUUGCCGGUGCUCAAGUCUUACUAGCCAAGGAAAAUCUAAAAGGGAAAACGAAUUUAGCUAAAUACAAGAGCGAUGCAGACUCGUUCGUUUGCAAGUUGAUGCCUGGAAGUAGCUCAGUACAAAUUCGAACAACUCCAGGAGGGCUUUUGUACACAAGAGAUAGCAGUAAUCUACAAUAUGUUACAACUGCUACAAUGUUUUUGUUCGCUUACUCAAAAACACUAAAAGAAGCAAGAAUUGAUGGAGUCCAAUGUGGGUCGAUCAAGUUCUCAACCUCGAAAAUCAGAUCAUUUGCAAAAUCACAGGUGGAUUACAUACUUGGAAACAACCCAAAAAAGAUGUCAUAUAUGGUGGGGUUUGGCACCAAAUACCCAUUACGACUGCACCAUAGAGGUGCAUCCAUUGCCCCCAUUCAUGCUCAUCCUGCCAAGAUUGGUUGCAAUGAGGGUAUGUCAAAUUGGUUCUCAACGAGUAAUCCAAACCCAAACAAUCACAUUGGUGCAAUUGUUGGAGGACCUGAUUCAAACGAUGAAUUCAAAGAUAUGAGAUCUGACUACUCCCACUCAGAGCCUACAACUUAUAUGAAUGCGGCAGUGGUUGGCUCAGUUGCUCCUCUACUAUCAUCUGGAAGAAAUUACCAAGAUUAUGGAUCUUGCUUCCAACUGUUGGAAACUAAUAACACAACCGAUACGGUUGCCCAUGAUGAUGAUAAUGAUGAUGUCUAAUCAACUUUUUAAACUUCUCGUCUUCUAUAAUACAACAACAACUAGUAUCUAGUAUCUUGUAGUUUGCUGCUAGAUCAAGUAAUGAAAAGCAAAUGUCUGUCUGAAGUUGUUAAAUCUGAUUUCGCAAUUUAUGCCGCUAUAUAUAUUGCACACAGGUAUCAUUUUGCAGCUGAAUGAACAA